GCGGGCAUGGCAGAGGCGCGGCCGGGGCCGCCGACGGGGCUGCAGCUGAGCGCGCUGCCCGACCACUCGCCGCUGCUGCAGCCCAGCCUGGCCGAGCUGCGGCGCCGGGCGCGGGCGCUGGACGCUCUCCCCGCGCCGCCGCCGCUCCCCGACCCCUUUCUGCUGCGCUUCCUGCGCGCCCGGGACUUCGACCUCGACCAAGCCUGGCGGUUACUAAAAAACUAUUAUAAGUGGAGAGCAGAAUGUCCCGAAAUAAGUGCAGAUCUCCACCCCAGAAGUAUUCUUGGCCUUCUGAGGGCUGGCUACAUUGGAGUCCUGAGAGACAGAGACCCCACCGGCAGCAAAGUUCUCAUUUACAGAAUCGCACACUGGGACCCGAAAGUGUUUACAGUUUAUGAUGUAUUCCGUUUAAGUCUAAUCACAUCCGAGCUUAUUGUACAGGAGGUGGAGACCCAGCGGAACGGAAUCAAGGCUGUCUUUGAUCUGGAAGGCUGGCAUUUUUCUCAUGCUUUUCAAAUCACCCCAUCUGUGGCCAAGAAGAUUGCUGCUGUUCUUACAGAUUCCUUUCCAUUAAAAGUUCGUGGUAUCCAUUUGAUAAAUGAGCCAAUAAUUUUUCAUGCUGUCUUUUCCAUGAUUAAACCAUUCCUGACUGAAAAAAUUAAGGAACGGAUUCAUAUGCAUGGGACCAAUUUCAAACAAAGCUUACUUCAGCAUUUCCCAGACAUUCUUCCUCUGGAAUAUAGUGGCGAAGGAUUCUCCAUGGAGGAUGUUUGUCAAGAGUGGACAGAUUUUGUAAUGAAGUCUGAAAAUUAUCUCAGCAGUAUUUCACAGACCAUUCAAUGA